AUGAGCUCCGAUACCCACGAAGGGAAGAAAUGCGAUUCUGCCGCAAACCUAGAAUGGAAGUGCGAUCAAUGCGGCAACGAAUAUCCACUAGCAUGCAAAUUUUGCGGGGUUUGUGGAGGUAAGAGGCCAGAGUUUAAAAAAAAGGAGGAGGAUUGGUGGUGCCAGACCUGUGGAGUGGAACAGCCUGCCAAAUACAAGUUCUGCAGCAGAUGUGGGAUGAAGCAAGAGGACUGCUGCGUAGCUGCAGAAGCGAACCAAGGUUCUAGCGAAGACCACUCACCUUGCAAGGUCCACGAAGACGAUAAUGAGCACCACCACGAUGAGAUGGGCGAACAGAGUGGCAGGAUCAGCGUUAUUCUGAGCAUUCGUCGAAGCCAAGCCGCUGAGGGCAACGAGCUUAACGCCAUGUUUCCACAGGACGAAGGAGAAGACUUAGAAGCAACUGUGGAUGAUUCCCUCAUGGAUGCUCAGCCCCUGGUGGAAAGUCAGCUGCGCUCUAUCGUUCACAGAGAGAGCCGAAACAGGAGCAGGAGCACUUUGUCUGGUUGGGAAAAGGAGUCAGAAACACGAGCCUAA